UAUUAUGAUUAGCCCUGGGUGCGGGGUUCCGGCGGCCGGGAGGGAGUUGUCGACGCCGCGGCCGCUGCGGACGGAUGCCCGCCUGCCGGCUGAGGCAUACAGUUUUGGAGCUAGAAGGAAAUCUUUCAUUCUGGCAGCAUCUGUAAAUGUUGUCCUCCAUCUCCAAUCUGAGGUUGGUUGGAAAGGACUCCUUACUAUGCUCGGGAUGGGAAACAGUGCAGCUGCUUUGCUCAUAGUGACAGUUUUGUUUACUCCCUGGUGGCAGACAUGAAGGUGUUUCAUGUGCUGCCUGUUGCUGGCAUCUCAAUGCAUUUCUGCCUUGCUUAGAAGGAGUGUCUUCUGUGGGUUCCUCUCCUCUGCUGCUGUAGAGGGAGCUUGGAGAAACAACAAAUACUUGUAACGGAGUGAUUUGGCAUGCGGUUUGCAAGAAUGCAUCUAAACAGAAAUACAGAGGGAAAGAAUAAAGAUGAGCAAAUGGCAUAGUCAGUCCCAAGGAGUCUGUUUGAAGGUGAAAGUUGAAUUUACAGAAAUAUGCAGCACACACUUAGACAGGUAUCCAUUAUGAUGUUGACAAUGAAGGCCUUACUUCCAGCAGAUACGCUCAUCUGAGAAGACUCACUGCAAGCACUUUAAGUAUUUUUCCCUUCGUUGAACCAGCAUGGCAGGUUUCAAGCGAGGAUAUGAUGGAAAAAUUGCUGGAUUAUAUGAUCUGGAUAAAACCUUGGGUCGAGGUCAUUUCGCAGUGGUCAAACUUGCCAGGCAUGUCUUUACAGGUGAGAAGGUGGCAGUGAAAGUCAUUGACAAGACGAAGCUGGACACUCUGGCCACUGGCCACCUCUUCCAGGAAGUGAGGUGCAUGAAGCUAGUGCAGCACCCCAACAUUGUGCGUCUCUAUGAAGUCAUAGACACUCAGACCAAGUUGUAUCUCAUUCUAGAACUUGGGGAUGGAGGAGACAUGUUUGACUACAUAAUGAAGCAUGAGGAGGGUCUCAAUGAAGACUUGGCCAAGAAGUACUUUGCUCAGAUAGUCCAUGCCAUAUCUUACUGCCAUAAACUGCAUGUGGUUCACAGAGACUUGAAACCAGAGAAUGUAGUCUUUUUUGAAAAACAAGGUCUUGUGAAGUUGACAGACUUUGGCUUCAGCAACAAAUUUCAGCCUGGAAAGAAGCUCACGACGAGCUGUGGAUCUCUCGCCUACUCCGCUCCAGAAAUCCUGCUUGGCGAUGAGUACGAUGCCCCUGCAGUAGACAUAUGGAGCCUGGGUGUGAUCCUUUUCAUGCUGGUGUGUGGGCAGCCUCCCUUCCAAGAAGCCAACGACAGCGAGACACUGACCAUGAUCAUGGACUGCAAGUACACUGUGCCGCCCCGUGUGUCUGCAGGGUGCAGGGACCUGAUCACGCGGAUGCUGCAGAGAGACCCCAAAAGGAGAGCCUCUCUGGAAGAGAUUGAGAGCCACCCUUGGCUCCAGGGGGUGGACCCCUCACCAGCCACAAAGUAUAACAUUCCCCUCGUGUCCUACAAGAACCUCUCAGAGGAAGAGCACAAUAGCAUCAUCCAGCGCAUGGUGCUUGGGGACAUCGCAGACCGAGACACCAUCGUAGAAGCCCUGGAAACCAACAGGUACAACCACAUCACCGCCACUUACUUCUUACUCGCUGAAAGGAUCCUGAGAGAAAAGCAAGAGAAAGAAAUACAGACGAGGUCUGCAAGCCCCAGCAACAUCAAGGCGCAGUUCAGGCAGUCAUGGCCAACCAAAAUUGAUGUACCCCAAGACCUUGAAGAUGAUCUCACUGCCACCCCGCUGUCACAUGCCACAGUCCCACAGUCUCCUGCUCGGGCUGGCGACAGUGUCCUCAAUGGCCACAGGAGCAAAGGCUUGUGUGACCCAGCCAAAAAAGAUGAGCUUCCAGAGCUGGCUGGGCCAGCACUGUCCACUGUUGCACCCGCCAGCCUGAAGCCUGCAGCCAGUGGGCGGAAGUGUCUCUUCAGGGUGGAAGAAGAUGAGGAGGAAGAUGAAGAGGACAAGAAGCCUGUGUCCCUGUCCACGCAGGUGGUGCUGCGCCGGAAGCCAUCAGUCACCAACCGUCUGACAUCUCGAAAGAGUGCCCCGGUGCUCAACCAGAUCUUUGAGGAGGGUGAGUCUGACGAUGAGUUUGACAUGGACGAGAACCUGCCGCCCAAGCUGAGCCGGCUGAAGAUGAACAUUGCGUCACCAGGUACAGUGCACAAGCGCUACCACCGCAGGAAAAGCCAGGGCCGAGGCUCGAGUUGCAGCAGCUCUGAGACCAGCGAUGACGACUCUGAGAGCCGCCGGCGGCUGGACAAGGACAGCGGCUUUGCUUACUCAUGGCACCGGCGUGAUAGCAGUGAGGGGCCACCAGGCAGUGAGGGCGAUGGCGGUGGCCAGAGCAAGCCUAGCAGCGGUGGCGGUGUGGACAAGGCCAGCCCAGGUGAACAGGGCACGGGUGGCGGUGGCCAGGGAGGCUCAGGUGGGACCCCAUCGGGUACAGCAGGCUCCUCACGGCGCUGUGCAGGCCCCGACUCCUCCUCAUCCUCCCCUGCCUCGGCCUCUGCGGCUCCACGUGGUGCAGAGCUUGUGCAGAGCCUCAAACUCGUGAGCCUGUGCCUAGGCUCCCAGCUGCAUGGCGCCAAGUACAUUCUGGACCCGCAGAAGGCCUUGUUUUCCAGCGUGAAGGUACAGGAGAAGUCCACUUGGAAGAUGUGCAUCAGCGCCCCAGGCCCCAGCCCCUCCGCUGACCUUGACCCAGUGAGGACCAAGAAGCUGAGGAACAACGUGCUCCAGCUACCUCUGUGCGAAAAGACCAUCUCCGUGAACAUCCAGCGCAGCCGCAAGGAGGGGCUGCUCUGUGCCUCCAGCCCCGCCAGCUGCUGCCAUGUCAUCUGACCCGUAAAGUGUGCUCACUUCAUCUGUUCUGACGUGACAGUGCAUGGUCUUUGUGCAUGCUGCUACACGCUACUUUUCUUUUCCAGCCGAAAAGUCUACUGUGUGAUUUUACAUUCAUGAUUUUCAGUGUGGAUGACCAGGAUGAAAUUGUGUAUCUGGAACCCAACGUAAAUGGAACGCUUAGAAAUUCAUGUUCUGCACUUAACCUGGAGGGAAAAUGCUUUCAUUUCCUUGUGAAAAGCCCGAAUUCCUGUCCUGACCUCCGGUGAUAGGGAAACUCCAUGCUCUGAGGCACACUGGUGCCCAAGACAGAGCCAAAGCAAUAACGUGGUGAUGCCCACAGGCCUGGGAGGAGCGACACCCACUGCCACCACCCAGGGCCUGUGCACCGAGAGAGCCACGGUUUGAGCGCCCACACCUGUUUGUCUUAAACAAUCGUGUGAAAGCACUUGGGGCUCUUACAUUUUCAUUGACACAGGUUUUCUUGUUUGUAGUAUGUGAGAUCAGCUACUUAGCUUUGUGAGGCAGCUUACCCCAUAGAAUUACAAGGAGACAAUCUUUUGUGAGGCGAUGAGGUGAACUCAAGUCUUAACUCUACUUAGAGUGUGUGUGUCUGUCUGACAGAACAAAACAAAACAAAAAACAAAAACAAAAAAAACAAAACAAAACAAAAAAAAGAGGCUCUGUGUAAGUUUCCCCUGCAGGACACAAGGCAGGGUUUCCUUCAGACCUGUGUGGAGAGGAGAGGUGGAGGGCCUGCUGCAGCAGCCACAGUGCACACGGGUGGCAGCAGUCAGAACUAUGACGAGGAAGCAGAACUUCCUGAGGUGGUUUUUCAGGAGUUUGGUGGUGAGGUGGCCUCAGGUUUCUUCUAUUCCAUGGCAGCAUUUGGCUGAGCUGUGAAGAGCAGCUGAUAAGAAACUACCACUCAGGAAAGGGCAGUGCUCCGUAGCCCUCAGUGGCACUGGGCUGCCUUCCCGCCACGUGCUGAACACAGAGCUCUAGCCCGUCCUCUCCCGCACGACGACCUUGGACUGAUAGCUAUCUCCCCAGGCAUCUUCUGGUGCCUGACCUCCCCAUCUUGGGAAGCCCAGAUGCUGGGUUUUCACACGGUGCCCUAGGGGGUUUGAAAGCAGUGUUUAAGCAGCCUGUGGGGUAGGUGCAGCCAGCCCAGGGUCCUUUCCUCAGUCUUGAGCUGCUGUCCUGUUCCUGAGUGGCUCGGAGCGGGCAGGGCACCGCUUUGUUCACUGCUCAGUGACUGCUGCUUUAGGGUUAGUGUAUAUUACUCAGAACUUCACAGUGUAAGCUGACUUUACUAAGUAAAAUGAUACUUAGAUACUUCCUAGAGCUAGCUAACUGCUUGUGCUUUAAGCUGCAGUCCCAUCCGGUGUGACAGUCACAUGGUUGAGAGCUGUGAGGGCAGAUGUGGUGAAGCCAUAGAGCGCAUUCGCUUGAAAUUCUUAAGCAGGGAUCUUCCAAGGGCCAGACACCAGUGUGGCUCUCAGAGACAGAGCCACAUCUGUGUGAGCCAGGAGAGAUGUCUACAAGGGGCAUUGCAAUAAACUGUCGCAGCUGUUUUCCAAGUAAUGUACAUACUCUUCUGUGGUCACGUCCAGCCUCGGAGUGGCGCCUCUGAACUCAGCCGUAUGCGUGUGGUCUCCAGUGGUGUUUAUAUUCAGGUGUAUAUACGGUGCUCACUUUAGAUCAGCAGUGUUGGCCAUUUAUGCUGCAGAGCUGUGUCAUAGCCUUAGUAGUUGUGUGUGGUUGGUGGCCCUCUGGGUACACAAAUGUCUGUUGAGUGCUGUCUUACCCAUUUGUUGACAAGUGGAUGUCUGUGCAUGUGUUGUGUGUCAUGGGGUGUUGUCACAGAGGAGGGAGCAGAACCAUCACACCAAUAGUGGACCAAACUACUUCCUUGCUCUAACAGUGACUUGUCCCCUAACCUGUCUUCAGAAGUCACAUAGAGUUACAGUAGUGUAUAAAUUAAAUAUUGUGGGAAAAGUUAGUCUUGUAUUUUUCUGUGUGUAUAUAUAUAUAAUUAUGUACUUCUGGAAUUCUAUCUGUAUUUAAAGAUGUGACAAUCUUGACACCAAUUUUAAUAGUCAUGAGCCUGAACAAAGAUGUCCUAGGAGUCAGAGUUGGUAUGUGCGGAGAACACAAACUUGUCAGCUGAUUGGUCAGUUGCCUCUAGUUCUGGCCAAUCUCUUUCCUUGUGUGAACAUGACAGGUAUGUAACAGAUGGGAAAUAAUCCAGUAAUAAAGUGACAUACUGGUGUUCAGCCAUAGAA